ACUCUCCUCCUCCUUCCCACCCCUUAGGGGGCGGCGAUAGCGGCGGGGAGGAAGAAAAGGAUGCCACGGAAGCUGCUGUUGCCUUAUAAAUCUGUUUUUCCUCCUUUCCGAGCUCCCGGGGGGCUGCAUGACGCUGUGGCGAUGAACGCGGCCAGAAGCGGCUACCGGGUCUUCUCGGCCAACUCCACGGCGGCCUGCACCGAGCUGGCCAAGCGCAUCACCGAGUUGCAAAAGACGUGCGACUGCUGGCUUUGGCUUCCCACUGUGUCCCUUCCCAGCGUGUACUUUGCUGGGGAGUCACUUGCACCUUUUAAUAGAGUUGGAGCAAUCCUGUAAGGGCGUCUUGGCGCUGAGCUGGGGAAGUCUGUGGUGUACCAGGAAACCAAUGGAGGGAUGUGAAUACUGCUGUGAUGGAGCUGCUGAUCAUGGCUUAUGCACUGAAGACAUCCUGUGCCAGGAACAUCAUUGGGGUCAUCCCUUACUUCCCCUACAGCAAACAGAGCAAAAUGAGGAAGAGGGGCUCCAUAGUCUGCAAGCUGCUGGCUUCCAUGCUUGCCAAGGCGGGUUUAACACACAUUAUCACUAUGGAUCUUCAUCAAAAGGAAAUUCAAGGCUUCUUCAGCUUCCCUGUAGACAACCUGAGAGCAUCCCCUUUCUUGAUUCAGUACAUACAGGAAGAAGUGAGAUUCCAGAUUAUAGAAACGCAGUCAUUGUGGCCAAGUCUCCAGAUGCAGCUAAAAGGGCUCAGUCUUACGCUGAGAGACUGCGGCUGGGGCUGGCAGUGAUACACGGGGAGGCUCAGUGCACAGAGCAGGACAUGGACGAUGGACGUCACUCCCCUCCGAUGGUCAAAAAUGCAACUGUGCAUCCUGGUCUGGAGCUGCCAUUGAUGAUGGCCAAGGAGAAGCCGCCAAUAACUGUGGUUGGAGACGUCGGAGGAAGAAUUGCCAUCAUUGUGGAUGACAUCAUCGAUGAUGUGGAAAGCUUUGUAGCUGCUGCAGAGAUCCUGAAAGAGCGUGGGGCCUACAAGAUCUUUGUGAUGGCCACUCACGGGCUCCUGUCGGCGGAUGCACCCCGUCUCAUAGAGGAGUCCUCCAUCGAUGAGGUGGUAGUAACCAACACAGUUCCUCAUGAGGUGCAGAAGCUGCAGUGCCCCAAGAUAAAGACUGUGGAUAUCAGCUUGAUUCUCUCUGAAGCCAUCCGACGAAUCCACAACGGGGAGUCCAUGGCCUAUCUCUUCCGCAACAUCACUGUUGAUGACUAGACCUGACGCUGCCCCUGUCCUGGCUUCCACAGGAGAAGGAAAUAUGCAUGACAAGGCAAUACCAUAAAUUAUAGGCGUAACACAACCGUUUAUUCUUGUAGGAAGGGUGAGAGUUCUCAGGGUCUUGAGCCGUGAGAUCCAAUAGGAAAAGAUCAACCUGACCAGCACUUUACAGUUGAACAGAAGAGGCCACUGGCAGUGGGGGAGGGUUUACAACUUCGAGAGAGAUGGAGAAAUGAGGAAAGGUUUGAAUUUUUAAACUUUUUUUUUUUUUUUAGUGUUAUCUCUUGCUCUGAAGGGUUGGGGGGGGAAAAGAAAAGCAAAAAAAAAAAAAAAUAGCUGUCAGCUUCUGAGAAAGGAACAGAGAACACUCGUUGCUGCGUGUGGAUUGCAAGAGGAAGCAGCGUUUGGGUUUCUGUUUCUGAUUGUGGCUUCUCUGAGGGAGCACAGAAAGGAACGUGUCCCUGAGGCAGCCAAGCUGCGCCGCUCGCUGCUGGCAGAGCUGAGUGCCCUCUGAUCUCUCGCAUGGCAGAGCCACUGCUUUCAUCAGAACCAAGGCAGCAGAACGGGCAGGAAGGGCGGCGUGGGGCGCGUCACCCCCGGGGCUGCUCGGCUCCGUGGGCCUGGGCGCUGGGAGCAGGCUCACACGUGUCUCCCAGCGGGGCAAGGGCUGCGAGUUAACGCGCUGGCUGUCUGGUUUUGUGAGCCUUGGGUCGUCGUCGUGCUUCAGUGGGAAGUGACGUGAGGGUCUGGGUCAUCACUCGGACUCUUGGCUGCACUGCAGAACCAGGCACGAUUCCUAGAGUUGCCCGAAGCUACUGAAUUGGGGCAGAAUGUUGUGGGGAGGGGGGUUAGGACAAUACCUGCCUCCAGCACAGCUGGGCUCUCUGAAACAAUAACACUCAGCCCGCAAUAAAAAGCAUAGGAUUUUGCAUUUUUUUGGUGCUUGCAGUGACCCCUUCACCCCUUGAGCAGCUGCUGUGUCUGAACCGUGAGGCUUUUGCUGUAAAUAGGCUCUUGGCAGCUUGUAGCCUUCUUCCGUGGGGAAGCAGGACUUGCUGCUUGCUCCUUUCUUGAGUGACACUAAUCCUUGGCUGGAGGGGAGGCUUCAGAAAGCAGCGUGAGGUGCUUGUGGAGGGCUUUAUCUCCAGCUUGAUACGAGGGUAAAUUCCCAAACUGUGAUCUUCCCCCUUAAUGAAGCAAAUAAACGCGUUCCAGUAAAACCUG